UGUGAUUCCGGAGUCGGACAGACCUUUCUGAAGCAGUAGUUUUUUUCAAAGCCAGCUGUUUAUUUAAAAACGGAGGCAGUAUCUUCCACUCCAGAUUUCACUUCCGCCUCCUCCAAUUCCACAGCCGAGAGCGCGCGCAGCUAUCCACUCGUAUAGAUCCAGAAGGUGACUAUGGCUUCGAGUCAGAAAUGCCUUGGAAAAGGAAGCUGUGCUCCUGGGCCUGUGCCCAAAGGCAAGAUACGGCUCUAUAGUAUGAGAUUCUGCCCCUAUGCCCAGAGAACCAGACUGGUGCUCACUGCCAAGGGUAUAGAGACUGAAACUAUCAACAUCAAUUUGAAAGAGAAACCCCAGUGGUACCUGGACAAGAACCCUCUUGGCCUAGUGCCUAUACUGGAGACCUCAAGUGGUCAGGUGAUCUGUGAAUCAGCAAUCACAUGUGAAUACCUGGAUGAGAUGUACCCUGAGAAAAAACUGUUUCCCUCUGACCCCUUUGCAAAAGCCCAGCAGAAGAUGUUGCUGGAGGAUUACUCAAAGGUCAUCCCUCUGUUCUACAAAAUCCCCAUGACCAGAAACAAAGGUGAGGAUGUGUCAGCAUUAGAAGCAGAGUUGAAGGAAAAGCUCUCCAAACUGAAUAAGGUUCUUGUUAACAAGAAAACCAAAUACUUUGGAGGUGAUUCAGUCACUAUGAUUGACUAUCUGAUCUGGCCAUGGUUUGAGAGGGUGGAGGCCUGGCAGCUCAAAUACUGUCUGGAUGGCGCUCCUGAGCUGAACAACUGGAUUGUACGCAUGCAAGAGGAUCCAGCAGUGAAGGCGCUCAAGUUCAGUGCAGAUGUCCACAAAGUCUUUUUUACCUCAUUCAUUGAGGGAAAGCCCAAUUAUGACUAUGGCUUAUAAAAUUAUGUCUAUACUGAAAUAAUUUCAACUCUAAAAUGAAUACUCUGAUAUAAGUGUUUUUCAGUACAGACUUUUUUUUUUUGUUUGUUUUUACAGAUAUAGUCUGUGUCACAGUCUGUGUCAUGAAAUGGUAUUAAAGUACCUUUGUUUAAUUCCAA